CUCUCGGACUCCGACGCGCUCCGCCUGCGGGGUUAGGAGUCGCACGCCGCUCUACCGUGGGCGUUCCCGGAGCGGCGCCUUGGGGAGAUGUGGGGCAGCGACCGCCUGGCGGGGUCGGCGGCCGGGGGGGUGGCGGUGACCGUGGCUUUAACCAACGCUCGCGACUGCUUCCUCCACCUGCCGCGGCGCCUCGUGGCCCAGCUGCACCUUCUGCAGAAUCAAGCUAUAGAAGUCACCUGGGGUCUGCAGCCGGUAUUCUUGAGCUGGGUGGAAGGCAGGCAUUUUAAUGACCAAGGUGAAAAUGUGGCUGAAAUUAACAGACAAGUUGGUCAGAAACUUGGACUUUCAAAUGGGGGACAGGUGUUUCUCAAGCCAUGUUCUCAUGUGGUAUCUUGUCACGAAGUUGAGGUGGAGCCCAUCUCAGCAGAUGAUUGGGAAAUACUGGAGCUGCAUGCUGCUUCUCUUGAACAGCAUCUUUUGGAUCAAAUUCGAAUAGUUUUUCCAAAAGCCAUUUUUCCUGUUUGGGUGGAUCAGCAGACUUACAUAUUUAUCCAGAUUGUUGCACUGAUGCCAGCUGUUACGUAUGGAAGGCUGGAAGCUGAUACCAGGCUCCUUAUUCAGCCAAAGACGCGCCAAGCCAAAGCAGAAACAUUUACAAAGUCAGAUGAUGCGUACGGAAACUUUCAUAGUUAUGGAAGAGACCAAAAAGGAACGACAGAAGAAUUUCAAAGCGAGCAACUGCAAUCAAAUACUGCAGCAGUCACUGGGUCUAACACAGCAGAUUCAGUUAACUUCUCAUCGUUACCAAGCUUAUGGACUAUGAUAGGAAGCAUUUUUUCUUUUGGAUCUGAGAAAAAACGAGACACGUCCUGGGGUUCAACUGAAAUCAAUGCUUUCAAAAACAUGCAGUCAGAGGUUGUUCCUGUGGACAAUAUUUUCAGAGUGUGCAAGUCACAGCCUCCUAGUGUAUAUAACACACCAGCAACUUCCGUGUUUCAUAAACACUGUGCUGUUCAUGUAUUUCCGUGGGACCAGGAAUACUUUGAUGCGGAGCCCAGCUUUACUGUGACCUAUGGAAAUCUGGUUAAGCUACUUUCUCCAAAACAACAGCAAACUAAAAUAAAGCAGAAUGUCCUGUCACCAGAAAAAGAAAAGCAGGUGUCAGAACCGCUAGAUCAAAAACAGGUUAACUCAGAUCGUAGUCAAGAAACUGGUAAGGCCUGUGUGCUAAAGAUAGUCUGGAAUGGACUUCAGGAAUUGAAGAACACCAUAAAAUACACGAAAAAUGUGGAAGCCCUCCAUCUUGGGAGAGUUUGGAUUCCAGCUGACCUGAGAAAGAGACUAAACAUAGAAAUGCAUGCAGUAGUGAGAAUAACGCCAGUGGAAAUUACCCCUAAAAUUCCACGAUCUCUAAAAUUGCAACCUAGAGAGAACUUACCUAAAGACACAAGUGAAGAAGACAUAAAAACAGCUUUCUGUUUGUGGCUACAGCAGUCUGCUACCACUGUGCUGCCUUUGUUGGUAGCAGAAGAAGAAUUUAUUAGGUUGGAAAUUAAAACUGAGUUGAAAGAGUUUUCUCUGCAUAUAGUUCACUGGGAAAAAGAAAACCAUAAAGAAAAAAAUAUUUUUCUGUUGAGUGCCAAUCUGCUACAGAAGACCACAAUACAAGUUCUUCUAGACCCUAUGGUAAAAGAAGAAAACAGUGAGGAAAUUGACUUUAUUCUUCCUUUUUUAAAGCUGAACUCUUUGGGAGGUGUGAAUUCCAUAGGGAAGUCCUCCCUGGAGCACAUCACACAUAGCCUCCUAGGACGCCCUCUGUCUCGGCAGCUCAUGUCCCUCCUGGCAGGACUGAGGAAUGGAGCCCUUUUACUCACUGGAGGAAAGGGAAGUGGAAAAUCCACGCUAGCCAAGGCAGUCUGCAAAGAAGCCUGUGACACACUGGACGCCCAUGUGGAAGUAGUUGACUGUAAAGCUUUGAAAGGAAAAAGGGCUGAGCACAUCCAGAGAGCCCUGGAGGCGGCGUUCUCGGAGGCAGUGUGGAGGCAGCCUUCUGUGGUCCUGCUCGACGACCUGGACCUCAUCGCUGGACUGCCCGCCAGCCCGGAGCAGGAGCACAGUCCUGAGACGGCGCAGAGCCAGCGGCUCGCACACGCUGUGAGUGACAUGAUGAAGGACUUUUUUUCCAUGGGAAGUUUGGUUGCCCUGAUUGCCACAAGCCAGUUCCAGCAUUCUCUGCAUCCUUUACUUGUUUCUGCUCAAGGAAUUCACAUAUUUCAAUGUGCCCAGCACAUCCAGCCUCCUAACCAGGAACAAAGAUAUGAAAUUUUGUGUCAUAUAAUAAAAAAUAAACUAGACUGUGACACAAGCAAGUUCACUGAUCUUGACCUGCAGCAUGUAGCUAAAGCAACGGAAGGAUUUGUGGCUAGAGAUUUCACAGUGCUCGUGGACCGAGCCAUUCAUUCCUGUCUCUCUCAUCAGCACAUAUCCACUAGGGAAGAAUUAGUUUUCACAACAUUGGACUUCCAAAAGGCUCUCGAAGGAUUUAUUCCUGCAUCUCUGCGAAAUGUCAACUUGCAUAAACCUAGAGACCUCGGUUGGGAUAAAAUUGGUGGAUUGCAUGAAGUUCGGCAGAUACUCAUGGAUACAAUCCAGUUACCAGCCAAGUACCCGGAAUUGUUUGCAAACUUGCCCAUACGACAGAGAACAGGGAUAUUGCUUUAUGGUCCUCCUGGAACAGGAAAAACCUUACUAGCUGGGGUAAUUGCUCGGGAGAGUGGAAUGAAUUUUAUUAGUGUCAAGGGUCCAGAGCUGCUCAGCAAAUACAUUGGAGCAAGUGAACAAGCUGUUCGAGAUAUUUUUAUUCGAGCACAAGCUGCAACGCCCUGCAUUCUUUUCUUCGAUGAAUUUGAGUCGAUUGCUCCUCGGAGAGGUCAUGACAAUACAGGAGUCACAGACCGAGUGGUUAACCAACUCCUGACCCAGUUGGACGGCGUAGAAGGCUUACAGGGUGUUUAUGUAUUGGCUGCUACUAGUCGCCCUGACUUGAUUGACCCUGCCCUUCUCAGGCCUGGUCGGCUAGAUAAAUGUGUUUACUGUCCUCCUCCUGAUCAGGGGUCACGCCUUGAGAUCUUAAACGUCCUCAGCGACUCUCUGCCUCUGGCGGAUGAUGUGGACCUUCAGCAUGUGGCCGCCGCGACUGACUCCUUCACCGGCGCGGACCUGAAAGCUUUGCUGUACAAUGCCCAGUUGGAGGCCUUACACGCGAGGCUGCUCUGCAGCGGCCUGCAGGAUGGAAGUUCCAGCUCUGAUAGUGACCUGAGUCUGUCCUCGAUGGUCUUUCUGAACCACAGCAGUGGCUCUGAUGACUCAGCUGGAGAUGGAGAGUGUGGCUUAGAUCAGUCUCUUGUUUCUCUAGAGAUGUCAGAGAUCCUUCCAGAUGAAUCAAAAUUUAAUAUGUACCGGCUCUACUUUGGAAGCUCUUACGAAUCAGAACUUGGAAACGGAACCUCUUCUGAUUUGAGCUCGCAGUGUCUCUCUGCGCCCAGCUCCGUGACUCAGGAUUUGCCUGGGCUUCCUGGGAGAGAGCCGCCGUUCGCGCAGCCUGCGGCGCUCAGAACAGCUUCGCAGGAGGGCUGCCCGGAACUCACCCCAGAGCAGCGAGAUCAGCUGCGGGCCGAUAUCAGCGUCAUCAAAGGCCGAUACCGGAGCCAAAGUGGAGAGGAUGAAUCCCUUCACCAACCAGGACCGGUCAAAACCAGUCUGGCUAUUAGUCAGUCACACUUAAUGACCGCCCUGGGUCACACGAGACCGUCCAUCAGUGAAGAGGACUGGAAGAAUUUCGCCAAGCUGAAUCGAACCCACGACCUUAGCUUAUGAGGCAGAUACUGUGCCAUUCAGCUAUAUCGCCGGCUCAGAAAAGUUUAAAAACCCAGAAAUUCCCUUAAUCCAACAUGACUGGUACGCUGAUACGUCCCUUUUGUAGCAAAGUAAGAACAUGCUGCGCACGUCGCUGUGUUGCUGCCCUCCUUCGUAGCCGUCCACUCACCCUGAGCGCUCUUGCACGUUACUGGUUACUGCUUUGUUGUUUGUCGUGUCACUGCAUUGUGUAUGUAGUACGCUGUCUGAAUUUGGGGUCUUUAAAUUGCUUCCCGGUGUUUGCUGUGACAAGCAGUCUGGUUAGGACUAUUUUAAGUUCAGUGUCUGCCUAGGUCCUUAAAUGGUUGUAUCACAGGGUACUUAACACUUUUUAAGGCUUAAGAAAUGUAUUGUCAGGCCAGGGAUAGAGCUCAGCAGCACAGCACCUGCUUAGCAAGCACAACAGGGUCCUGAGUUUGACCCCUGGUACCAAAAAAAAAAACAAAGGAAAUAUAUUGCCAAAUUGCCUUCCAGAAAUAUUGUACAGUGUAUAGUUCAGCAGCAGGAUAAGAGCGCCCGUCCUUACCUGCACCAGUCCGGAGUGUUGCAGUGUCUCUAACCUUCGUCAGUUUAACUGCAGAAGAAUGGUAUCUUACUUAACGAUUUUCAUUUGUUUGAUCAAACAAUAGGUGUUGUAAUUUUCAUAUUACUCAUUGCCAUUUGUUUCCUUCUUUCUCUUCAUUCUCCUUGCUCCUUUUUGCAGUUAGAUUACAGCUUUGAAAGUUUCUCUGUAGGGGCUGGGGAUUUAGCUCAGCGGCACAGCGCCUGCCCGGCAAGCGCAACGUCGUGAGUUUGAUUCCCGGUACUAGAAAAAAAAAAAGAAAGAAAAUUUAUCUGUAAGACCUUUCCUUAAUCUGUUACAAAGUUUUUUCUAGUUUGUUAUUUCCGUUUCAUCUCUUAAAAUACAAUUUUGAGUGGGGCUGGUGGUGCACCUGGACUCCCUGCUACUCAGGAGGCUCAUGGUACUUUGACCCAGGAGUUUGAGGCCAGCCUGUAUUGAUACUUUGUCUCAAGAAAGGAAGAUACAUAGAUACAGGGAUAGAUGAAAUACAAGUAGAUUUAUGUAUGUAUAUAAUCCUGUUUGCAAGCAUCUAUUAUCUCUGAUUAUUAUAAU